AUGAACAAGGAAAGGAAUGGGCGACACGCGAUGUACGGCAAUCCCCAAGGGCUACCGGGUCUCCCCCAGUCCCGGUACAUGCCUCUGGGGGGUCACAAGUCCCCCCGCCCGCCCCCCCGGCCCCCGGUUAUACGCCCCCCUCCCCCGCAGCCGCCGAUGAUGUCCAACUUGCCGCCGCAGCCGUCGAUUCCGCAGCCGGACCCCAUGGUCGGACGUAGAAUAGACAUGCUUGAACAGCGUCUCAAUGCAACAGAGCAGAGCAAUCGUACGUUACUUGACGAACUUAUGCGUCUGCAACAGGAACUGAAGAUGAACGUCAAAAAGAAUGAAAUGGGAUUGGUCGAGGAGAAAGAGGGUCGGUCCCGCCUCGACGCCGCCUUCCGCCAAUCACAGAACAAGACGUAUGAGAUGGAGGACAGGAUUCGUCGGUGUGAGGACGGGAUUAAGGAAACUCGAAAUGCCAUACAACAAAUGGCGUCACACACGAAGAGCAUCGAAAUGGCCCUCAAAUCAGCUGAGCAGGAACAGAUGGAGAGACGUGGCAACAGCGCUCAGAGACUACAAGAAUACCGCCACGAAGUCAUGAAGAUGAACCAGAGCAAAGAACAGCUGGAAAGACUCGUUUAUUCGAUGAGGGACGACGUCAGGGAAGCGACGACGCGGGUGGAGGGGCUGACGCAGGAGCUCGGGUCCCUGGAGUCCAACGUCAAGAUGCAGGCGAGACUGAUGGAGGAGAGCAACAGCAGGAGGAACACGCCACAACUUACUCUCCCGAAGACGCCUGUGGAGGACAGCGGCAAGAUGGCGGAGGGCGUGCGGCUCGCGCUGGAGGGGAAAAUGAUCCAGAUGAACACGCUGAUCCAGGACCUGACGCAGAGAAUCAACGCAGAGGCCAAAAAGAGAGAGAAAGUUGAAACGGAUGUCAAUAUCAGGAUCAACGAACUCCUCGAGGACUACGGCAGCACGAAGGUCGAGAAGGACAAGGAGAUGCGCGAGUUCGACGACAAGAUGAAGGAGCUCCAGGCGGGCUUCAGCGCCAACGAGAAGCAGCGGAUCCUGAUGGAGAUUUCGUCGGUAGCGCAGGACCUCAACACCAAGAUUGACCAGAAGGAAGCCAAACUCCGCGACGACACAGUGAAUAAACUUACCGUCAUCGAGAAAACGCUGACGGAGGAGAACCGGAGGAGAGCCGCUAAGGAAAAGGAAUUACAAGAGACCGUGGAUAAACAGAUGAAGGAAGCACAGAUGAGAGAGAACGACGGGACGGCGGCACUCAAGAAACAUAUGGAGCAACACGAAACUCAAGUCCGGAACAAGCUGGGCGAAAUGACCACCACGAUUAACGCCCUGGAUGCUGACGUGAAGCAGUACCAGCUGGAACAAGAGAAAGUCAUGGCUGCCGAAAUCAGUCAGCGGCUAAACCAGAAUAAAAUCCUAGAGGCCAAAAUAGACGACCUGGAGGACAGACAGAGGAGGGGCUUGGCGUCCCUGCAAUCAGCUGUUGGCGACGUGGCGGCCAACAAGAACGCGGAGUCGAAGUCGCCGGAUUAUGAUGAGAUCCAGCGCCUGCAGAACGAGAACGCCGACGGUAUCCGGGAGCAGGUGGCGAAGGACGUGGCGAGGAUCGAGGGCCGCCUGGGCACCGUGGAGACGAAGGUGCAUCAGCAGGAGCAGAGGAUGGAUAAUAAGCUGCAGUCGGCCAAGGCAGAAGAUAAGGAAACCAACUCUAUCAUGGGCGAUAAGAUGCAGCGACAGAUCGACUCGGUUAUCUUCAGUCAAGAGCGACUCAAGAAACAGGUCGAUUCCUUGCAGAACAAAGUGCAGGACACUCCAAAGAGCGUGACAAACCUGAAGGAGGAAAUGGAAGACAUGGAGCAGCGCCUGAGCAAGAAGGUGGACCAGGAGAGGAAGGAGCGCAUGGACGACGUGUCUGAACUCCGCACGGACAUCGAUAAAAUUGUUGGGAAGAAUGAGAGCGUGGGAACCGUGCCGAGCUUGGCUCGCCUCAACCAAGACGUGGACGAGACGCAGACGGGGAUGAAGAAACUGGCGGAGGCGGUGCACGUGGUGAAGAGCUUCCUGUCAGACAAGAUCAAGGACGAGAAGAAGAUCCGGGUGCAGGAGGACACACUCCUCAAGAGGGACGUGGAGCGACUCAACACCAAGUACUCAGAACUCAACGAUAAGAUCAGGAGUAACGCUUAAGGUGUCCGAGCGAGGGGACCUUUUAAGAGUAUCAUUUGUCUGUUUGUUUUACGGUUUACUAAGGAGAUGGUUUUCAUUUUCGUUUUGUGUCUGCUUGUUGAUUGAUCCAGCAAUUUGACUGUUAUAUAUGUUUGUUAAGUUUUUUGUUUAGACAUGUAUUUAUUUAAUUAUCUCCGUUGGAUUUACAAAUGCAGAUAUAUAUUUUUCUUUUCUUUUCUUUACGAUGCAUCGAAUCAUUCUUGAGAUUUUACCGAGGAACCAUUUCUUUCCUUUUUCUCUGUUUCGACUUAAUUGUGUUUUACUAUUGCUACGUUGGCUAUUUUUAUGACUUCUUGUUGCUACAUCGAUUAUAGAUUAAGCGAUUAUUAUCCCGAUUCUUUGUUUUCAUUUCAGUCCGUGUAAUUUUCCACAGGUUUUGUUCGUGUUAUUGUGAAGUCACUUAUAAUUUUGUCCCUGUUAUAUAGGUAUAGACUGACCAAGUGUGUUAAUGAAAUAAUAUAUAUAUAUAAUUUUUAGAGAAAAUAUAUCUAAAAGUAAUAGAGUAUUUUACGUAGGUCAUUACUGUCUACUUUUGUCAAUCAUGCCAUCAGCUGUUUUCUUCACAAUAAUAUAAGGUUCAUAAUCAAUGGAACUCGGGUACGUCUUUCGAUCUUAAAGUCGUUCCUUGAGUUAUACAGUCUUGAAAUAAGUAGGUAUGAUAAUAGUCGAUAUUAUUUUCACUCGCAAAGAAUACAUUUUACAUUUUUUUUGCAUUUUAUAAAAUAUUUACUUGAUGAAGUAUAAAGACAUGAUGAACUUAUGGAGAAAAAAUCCUGGUUUCGAAUGUGUGUUUUGUGUGUUAUUGAUUUUGAUUAGACAUUUAAUCUGAACUGAAUAGCUAAAUUUACUGAUAGUUAGAUGUGUGUGAAAAUAUCUGCAUAAUCAGGUUAAAAAGAAGCUAAAUUCACGAAUAUAUACUGUAAAUAGAUACGCAUGCACAGGCACUCACACACACAUAUACAUAUUUAUCUGUUUGUUUAUAUUUUUUUAUGUAUAAAGUUACUCAUAAAACUAAAAACGUAAAAUACCUGUAUAUUAGAAAACCAGGAAAAUAAAACAUAGUAUAGACAAGAAUCUGUGAUAGUCCACGUUCAACGCACAACAGAUAUAGAAAACGGGUGACGCUUUUUUCUGCUGGUUACGAAAUAAGCUGAUUACCUGCUAUGUAUAUUCUUGAUACCUGUAUUCCUGCUGGUGGCAAGCUGUGCUCGUUUUCUUUGUAUUUACCAUCGUUUGUGUAAUGUUUUCUGUUUACUUUUACGAAACAUAAACGUGAAGUGAUGUCAGUAUGUGAUUAGCUUCUCAAAUAAAGAUCUAAAGAGGAAAUGCUCUGCCUCAAGACCCUAAUACUGGCCAUAACAAUUUGCGUCUUCACGCCUUUGCUCAC